UUUUCCAACUUUUCAAUCCAAAUUUGAAAGAAUUGGAGAGAUAAGAAUUAGAUCACGAUUACAACUCUUGCACUUUUACCAAAUUGCCCACGAGCCAAAACCUCAUAUAAAUAUAAUACGGACUCAUCGUUGCUAUCCGUUACGCCUUCUCCAAGUUUCUUCCAUCCACAAGUCUCCAAACCGAGUUCGAACCUAUAGAGCAAUGGCAAAUGUGGGAGGUGGAGCACCAGCAAUUGGUAUCGACUUAGGCACCACAUACUCAUGUGUUGCUGUAUGGAAACACAACAGAAUAGAGAUCAUACCCAAUGAUCAAGGCAAUCGAACAACACCAUCUUGGGUUGCUUUCACUAAUACUGAACAGCUCGUUAGUGAUGGUGCCAAGAAUCAAAUUACAAAGAACCCUGCAAACACUCUAUUCAAUGUCAAGAGGCUGAUCGGCAGGAGGUUCAGUGAAGCCAUGGUGCAGGAUGACAUAAAGUUGUUGCCAUAUAGGGUCAUACAAGGGCCCAACGACAUGCCAAAAAUUAUGGUUACUCAAAUGGAAAAUGAGCAACAAUUUUCUACCGAAGAAAUUUCAUCAAUGAUUCUUAAGAAGAUGAAAGAAGUUGCAGAGGCUUACGUAGGUCAGACUGUCAAAAAUGCUGUCAUCACAGUCCCAGCUUAUUUCAAUGAUUCUCAGCGUCAAGCAACCAAGGAUGCUGCUACGAUUGCUGGCCUAAAUGUCCUUCGCAUGAUCAAUGAGCCAACAGCAGCUGCAAUUGCUUAUGGUAUAGACAAUAUGUUGGGGCUUACUGGAAAGAGGAAUGUGGUUGUAUUUGAUCUCGGUGGUGGCACUUUUGAUGUCUCUAUUCUCACCAUUGAUGAAGUAGGUAAGUUUGAGGUUAAGGCUGUUGCUGGUGACACUCAUCUAGGAGGUGAAGAUUUUGAUAACCGUAUGGUGGAUUAUUGUGUUGAGGAAUUCAAGAAGAAAUACGAGAUGGAUUUAACUGGAAAAAAGAGGGCCUUAGGAAGGUUGAAAGCCGAAUGUGAGAAAGCAAAGAGGGUUCUUUCUUAUGCUACUCAAGCUUCAGUUGAAUUAGAAUUGUUGCACAAGGGUAUUGACUUUUCAAUGACAUUUAGUCGUGCCAAAUUUGAGGAGCUUAACAUGAGUUAUUUUACGAAGUGUAUUGAACAGCUGGAGAGUUGUUUAGCUGAUGCGAAUAUGACUAAAGGAAAUGUGGAGGAGGUGAUUCUUGUUGGUGGGUCAACUAGGAUACCAAAGGUCCAACUAAUGUUGCAGGAGUUCUUUGGUGGGAAGGAGUUAUGCAAGAACAUCAACCCAGAUGAAGCUGUGGCUUAUGGGGCAGCAGUUAUGGCUGCAAAGUUAUCUGGUGAUACUACCAAAAUGAUAAAGGAGAUGAUGGUAUAUGAUGUCACUCCCUUGUCACUUGGCAUUGAGACAAAAGGUGAUAUAAUGACUGUUGUCAUAGGAAGGAACACUCGUGUACCUGUGAAGAAGACCCACAAUUUUGUUACAUCUGAAGACAACCAAACUGUAACGAGGAUGGCAGUGUACCAAGGUGAACGGUCUAAAUCUACUGACAACUACUUGAUGGGAUCGUUUACAGUUUCCGGAAUUCCACCUGCUCCGAAGGGAGUGUCAGUGAUUGAAGCUUGCUCUGAAAUAGAUGAUAAUGGUAUACUCACAGUUACCGCUAAGAUAGUCUCUACUGGUAGGACUGAAAAACUUACUGUUAACAAUUAUGGUGGAAGAUUGUCGAAGCAAGACGUAGACAAAAUGAUGAAAGAUGCCGAGAAGUUCAAGGUUGAGGAUCAACAGUUCAAAAGGAAGGCACAAGCGUACAAUGGCUUGGAUGAUUGCAUAUAUCACUUAAGGAAGAAGAUCAGAAGUAAUGAUGUGCCCCCAAAGGACUUGAAGAACAUGCAAUAUGCACUUGCUGAAACAACGCGAUGGCUCUCUAAUGGCAGAGUUGCAGAGCUUGAAGAGAUUGAGCGCAGGAAGAAGUACCUUUAUUUAUUAUCUAGGUUUCCAUUUCAAAAGUAACAUAACAGGGUCUUUCUUAAAUAGCAUGCUAACUUUGAUGUUUUUCUAGUCUAGAUACAAGUUAGGUGAGAUUAGUAUUACAUGGUGUUAAAAGUCAUUGACAAGAUUCAUAUCACCAUAUGAAUGGAUUUUAAAGACA